AUGCACCGCCCUGCAGAAACACUAAUGGGGCUCAUUGCUGGGAACCUCAGGAAAGCCAGAGAAAUAGCCCACAGUGACUCGCAUGUUCCUGAACAGCUAAAGCAUUAUUUACAGAAAGCUCUGGAGGUUGCUGUUGGACUGGACCCUUACCUGGACGCAAUGGCAACUGCAAAAACAGCCUCACUUGAAGGCUGGCAACUGAACGUUGCAGGCGUUGAAACAAAAGUUAAGCCUCAUAAAGAAUGUGCCUCUGGCUAUCUAAAAGGCCAAGUUCUCAGGAUGUUUGUUCAUAUGGUUGGAGCCAAGAGGAUUUUAUUAAUUGGCAGACUUAAAGGUUACAGUAUCCUUGCUAUGGCGGAAGCAUUGCCAGAUGAUGGAAAAAUAAUUUUGUGUGCAGUAGAGCCAUAUCUUGAAGUGAAAAGCCAGGAAGCGUCUGAUUACUCAUCUCAUGUUAAACAGAUAAGUGUGAAAGUGGGGCCAAUAGCAGACACUUUGGAGGAGUUAGUGGCUGUGGGUGAGCACUUUGAUAUAGUUUUUAUUGAUGCUGCUCAAAGAAAUGCUGUUAACUACUACAACUUUGUCAUGGAUAACCACUUGCUGAGAAUGGAUGGAGUGAUCUGUGUGGAGAAUACUCUCAUGAAAGGACAAGUCUACCUGGAGAACAUAUCUGAUGAAAAUAUAUUAGCUGUCAGAAACUUAAAUAAUGUAAUUAAUUCAGACCCUCGUGUUGAGCAGGUUAUUUUACCUAUGCAAGGUGGAAUGAGUGUCAUCCGAAGGAUGCAUUGUGCUGUUUUGCUACAGAAAGAACUGGUGAAAGAUGAUGUCUUUUGGGGCUAUAAAAGAUGUCACAUCCUUGAUCGCCUGCGUUUGGAUGGCAAAGUGGCCUACGUCACAGGUGGAGGCCAGGGAAUAGGAAGAGCCUUUGCUCAUGCAUUAGGGGAAGCAGGAGCUAAGGUUGCCAUUGUUGAUCUGGUACUUGCAAAGGCAGAAGUGGUAGCAGAAGAGCUCAGCCUGAAAGGGAUAAAAAACAUGGCAAUGGGAGCAGACGUAAGCAAACCUGAAGACGUGCAAAGGAUUCUUGAUGCAAUUGUAGCUAGAUGGGGCACAGUUCAUAUUGCCUGUAACAAUGCUGGAAUCAACAUGAAUUCUGCAAGUGAGGACACUUCACUGGAAGAAUGGGACAAAACUUUUAAUGUUAAUUUACGAGGCUUGUUUUUGUGCUGCCAAGCUGCAGGCCGAAUUAUGCUGAAGCAAGGAUAUGGGAAGAUAAUUAACACAGCAUCUAUGGCAAGUUUAAUAGUGCCUCACCCGCAGAAGCAGUUAGCAUACAACGCCUCAAAAGCUGGGGUCGUAAAAUUAACACAGACAUUAGGAACUGAAUGGAUUGACAGGGGAGUAAGAGUCAACUGCAUUUCCCCGGGAAUUGUCGACACGCCGCUCAUCCAUUCUGAAGAUCUGAAGCCUCUGGUGCAGCGCUGGCUAACCGAUAUUCCUGCUGGGAAGCUGGCUCAAGUGACAGACCUGCAGGCGGCUGUAGUAUACCUGGCAUCCGAAGCUUCGGAUUACAUGACAGGCCACAAUUUGGCCAUAGAGGGUGGUCAAAGCUUGUGGUAG